GGUCCCGGCGCCUGGGCAGCGGUCGUCCGCGCGUCCUCUGAGGUCCCUCCGGCUCGGGAGCUAAGCGAGGUCCCCGUCUGGAGCUGGACUUUCACCCGAGAGGCGCCCCAGCAAGACUGCGUCGGGGAGUCCUGCAGCUCCUCGCCUCAUGGGCCAGACGGCCCUGGCCGGGGGCAGCCCGCGCACCCCCGCCUCGCGGGCCCUGUACUCGGACCUCUCCUAUCCCCAGGGCUUGGAGGAGCUGCUCUCCGCUCCCCUCCCUGACCUAGGGACCCAGCGGCGCCACGGCUGGAACCCCAAGGAUUGCUCCGAGAACAUCGAGGUCACGGAAGGCGGGUUGUGCUUUGAGCGGCGGCCUGUGGCUCAGAGCACUGAUGGAGUCCGGGGAAAGAGAGGCUACUCGAGGGGUUUGCACGCCUGGGAAAUCAGCUGGCCCCCGGAACAGAGGGGUACCCAUGCCGUGGUGGGCGUGGCCACGGCCCUCGCCCCGCUGCAGGCUGACCACUAUGCGGCGCUGCUGGGCAGCAACGGCGAGUCGUGGGGCUGGGACAUUGGGCGGGGCAAACUGUACCAUCAGACUAAGGGAGCUGAGGCCCCCCAGUAUCCAGCCGGGCCUCAGGGUGAGCUGCUAGAGGUGCCCGAGAGGCUGCUGGUUGUUCUGGACAUGGAGGAGGGCACUCUAGGCUAUGCUGUUGGGGGCACCUAUCUAGGACCAGCCUUCCGUGGACUGAAGGGCAGGACCCUCUAUCCUGCUGUAAGCGCUGUGUGGGGCCAGUGCCAGGUCCGCAUCUGCUACAUAGGCGAAAGAAGAGCGGAGCCCCACUCCCUUCUGCACCUGAGCCGCCUGUGUGUGCGCCGUGCUCUGGGGGUUACUCGGCUUGGCCAGGCAUCUGCUCUGCCUUUGCCCCCUGCCAUGAAGCGCUACGUGCUUUACCAGUGACACUGACACCAGACUGUGGACACCUUGCCUCCACCCUCCUCUGGGGGAGGUGGGGAGGCACUGCUGGCCUAGACCAGCUGCUUAAAGCCAGUGAGACUAAGGGAAGUGAGGCUGGGCCCCUUCCCUAACCCAAGCUUUCAGAGGGGUGAAGGGUGGGGGAUAUUAAAGACUGGUAGCCUGGUACGAAAAAUGACUUUCUCAAGUAAAGUAGUAAGAUGUUGCAGAAACCUGUUCUUUUGUUGUUAAACACCUGGGAUAAUAAAACCAAUGACUACCUCA